CACAGCUCCUUGCAAGGUCUAGCAGGAAGGGUUAUCAACCAUAUAGUCCCUUCUUCUUGCGCUUGUCUUCUCUUUCAACCACUCCCGUUAGGCUAUCGGCUGUCACCAGGGGAGCUGCACCAAAGAAAAAAGGAAAUCAUUGGGAGAACAAUGACCCAGAGACAUUCAUAAAAUAAAUUUAAAAAUACAGUUACAAUUUAUUACUGGAUUGCUCAGGGUCACUAAUACCUGGUGAUUUGAUACAAAAUGCGGAAGCAUCGAUACUUGCCAUUGUGUGCCCUCCUGGGGCUAAUACUCUCCGGCUUUCACUCUACCACCGAAGCUCAGACCGCACAAGAGUCGGCUGACCUUAUAUUCUUAAUUGACGGAUCAGAUAACGUUGGAGCUGCCAACUUCCCAAUCAUCCGUGAUUUUGUUCUGAAUUUCAUUGAUAACCUCAGUGUGGGAGAUGAUGCAAUGAGAGUUGCUGUUGUUCAGUAUAGUGAUGAUCCCAACAUUGAGUUCUAUUUAAAUAGCUACAGCACCAAAACUGAGGUUAUGGAUGCCGUGAAGGGACUUAGCUUCAAAGGCGGAGCGGAGGCUAAUAUGGGGGCUGCUCUGGAGGCAGUGGCUCAAAACCUCUUCACAGCAGGCACAGGCAGCAGAGCAGAGGAUGGGGUGCCCCAAACUUUAGUGGUUAUCAGCGCUGGGCAGUCCAGCGACGAUAUCAGAGAGGGUCAGUUUGCUCUAAGUCAAGCUAGCAUUUAUACUUUUGGCAUUGGGGCUGGGAUUGCAGACACCUCGGAGCUUGAGCAGAUCGCCACGAACCCCAGCUUUGUGUUUGCAUCUCCAAAUUUCGAUGACAUUGAUGACCUGCAAGAUCAGGUACUGCCAUUAAUUAAUGGGCUGGCCCAACGAACCACUGCCAUUCAGCCCUCAACCGUAUUCACAGAAGUUUCGCAAGUCAGCAGGAGGGACAUUGUCUUCCUUAUAGAUGGGUCCCAGGUUAUGGGUAAUACCCUUUUUUCUGCCAUUCGUAACUUUAUAGUGGAUUUUGUCAACAAACUUCCAAUUGGACCUGACCAGGUUCAAGUCGCUGUGGCCCAGUACACCAGUGACGUUAGAAUUGAGUUAAAUCUGAACAGCCAUGCAACAAAAGAAUUGGCAGCUGCUGCUGUAAAAAAGCUGAAAAUAAAAGGAGGCUCACAAGUAGCAAAUACAGGAGCUGCCCUGGACUUUGUCAGAACCAACAUGUUCAUCCCAUCUAAAGGGAGCAGAAUACAACAGAAUGUGCCCCAACUUAUGAUCCUGUUCACUGCCAGAAAGUCCAGCGAUUCUAUCGUCCAGCCAGCUGAAGAGAUGAAACGCAGUGGGAUCUUAACUUUGGCUGCUGGGGCCAAGAACGCUGACAUUAAAGAGCUUUCACAGAUAGCGUUUGAUGAGAAGUUGGCCUUCAUGGUAAAGGAUUUCCGUGGGCUGUUCAAGAAUCCACAAACUAUUAUUGCCCCACUGACUACUCUGUCUGGAGUGAUUAUCAUGGAGGAGCCAACAGAAGUUAUAAUAACAACAACGCAGACUAUUCCAAGAGUCGUGAGGGACAUUGUCUUCCUCGUUGAUGGAUCAAGCAAUGUCGGAAACGCCAAUUUCCCUUAUGUGCGUGACUUCAUCACAAAUGUCGUGAAUAACCUCAAUGUUCAACCGGAUAAAGUUAGAAUUGGCCUGUUGCAGUACAGCGGUGAUCAGCGCACCGAGUUUUAUUUAAGGACCCACACCACAAAGGAUCAAGUGUUAGCCAACAUAGCUCAGCUCAGGCUUAAAGGUGGAGCGGCUUUAAACACUGGUGCUGCUCUGGAGUACGCCCUUGCCAACCACUUCACGAGAGAAGCGGGGUCCCGGAGUGCUGAUGGUGUAGCACAAGCCUUAGUGCUUAUAACAGCAGGCAUGUCUCAGGAUGAGGUCAGAAGAGUCGCUGAUAAAGUAGCCAAUGCAGGUGUUGUGACAUUUGCUGUGGGAGUGGGCCGUGCAGACCAAGAGUUUCUGCAGCCAAUUGCCUUUGCCCCUCCUCUUGCUUACUACACAAGAGAUUUUACUGGUCUGACAGGCAUUGUGGAAGAGCUGAUGACUCCUUUGCAAACAGUGGUGGGUGAAGUUCAGACGACUGAAGUUGUAGACGAAGGUGUCAAAAAAGAUGUUGUAUUCCUGAUUGAUGGCUCUGAUGAUGUAGGAGGGGAUUUUUCCUAUAUCCGUGACUUCAUUUCACAAGUAAUCCAAGCUCUUAACGUUGGAAUCGACAAGGUGCGCAUUUCUGUGGUCCAGUACAGUGACAGUGCAUCACCCAGUUUCUAUCUGAACUCCUUCACAACCAAAGAAGAGAUCCUAAAUGCUGUCAGUGGCCUCUCACUUAUAGGUGGAACAUCCUUAAACACCGGUGCUGCACUUAGUUUCCUCAAAGACACUAUCUUUACACCCACUUACGGAAGCAGAAUUUCAGAAAACGUCCCACAGUUCCUCAUUGCAGUGUCUGCAAGAAGGUCAGAAGACAGUAUCCAAGAGCCAGUCAGAGCCCUAAAGACAGCUGGGGUUGUGCCUUUCACCAUUGGAGUCAAGAAUGCUGACAUCAGAGAGAUAAGAGAGAUUGCAUACACUCCUUCUUUCGCAUUCGCCAUCAGUGACUUCAGCCAGCUUACCUCAGUCCAGCAGCAACUUGAAAACUAUGUGAGGAUUCUGACUAAGACAUCCAUUGAUACUCUAAUCCCAACAGUUGUUACAGAAGCCAUCAAAAGGGAUGUUGUGUUUCUGCUUGAUGGUUCUGAUGACACUAGAAAUGGAUUCACAGCAAUCCGUGAUUUUGUUCAAAGAGUAGUGGAGAACAUGGAUGUGGAGGAAAACAAAGAUCGAGUUGCUGUGGUCCAGUACAGUAAUGAGCCUACAGCUAAUUUCUAUCUAAAUACAUACUCAACCAAGGAUGAUGUCCUGAAUACCAUCAAAGGCCUGAGACAUAAAGGUGGAAGACCCCUCAACACUGGAGCCGCUCUCCAGUUUGUUAUGGCCAAUGUCUUUACUGCGUCUUCUGGUAGCAGACGUCUUGAGGGUGUGCCCCAGGUUUUAAUUCUGCUGACUGGUGGAAGGUCCAGAGAUGAUGUUGGGGCUUCAGCAACUGCCUUAAAAGGUCUUGGGGUUGUGCCGUUUGGUAUCGGAACAAGAAAUGCAGAUACCAGGGAGUUGCAAACAAUUUCUUUCGCCCCUGAUUUUAUUUACCCAAUCCCUGGAUUUAGUGACCUGCAAACUAUCCAGCAACAGCUUUUGUCCUCAGUUAAAAGCAUAUCUAAAAGUGCAAGUAUACAGCCUGAAACUCCAACACUUAUAGUUGAAACUGAUGCUGUGAGAAGGGAUGUUGUGUUUCUGCUCGAUGGUUCUGAUGACACUAGAAAUGGAUUCCCAGCAAUCCGAUUAUUUGUUCAAAGAGUAGUGGAGAACCUUGAUGUGGAAGCAAACAAAGAUCGAGUUGCUGUGGUCCAGUACAGUAAUGAUCCAGAAGCAUAUUUCUAUCUAAAUACAUAUUCAACCAAGGAUGAUGUCCUUAAUACCGUCAAAGGAAUGAGACAUAAAGGUGGAAGACCCCUCAACACUGGAGCAGCUCUCCAGUUUGUUAUGGACAAUCUCUUUACUGCUUCCUCUGGUAGCAGACGUCUUGAGGGUGUGCCCCAGGUUUUAAUUCUGCUGACUGCAGGACGUUCCAGAGAUGAUGUUGGGGCUUCAACAACUGCUCUAAAAGGGCUUGGGGUUGUGCCAUUUGGUAUUGGAGCAAGAAAUGCAGAUAUUCUUGAGCUACAAACAAUUUCAUAUAAUCCUAGUUAUGCUUUGUCUGUUCCUGACUUUGAUGCUCUUGAUACCAUCCAACAGCAACUUGUGUCCUCUGUUGCAAGAGUUGCUCGACAGGGAAGGCCAGACUCCACAACAGUCAUAGUUCAAACAGAAGCUGCCAAAAGGGAUGUUGUGUUUCUGCUUGAUGGUUCUGAUGAUACUAGGAAUGGAUUCCCAGCAAUCCGUGAUUUUGUUCAAAGAAUAGUGGAGAAUCUUGAUGUGGAGGAAAACAAAGACCGAGUUGCUGUGGUCCAGUACAGUAACGAGCCUGCACCUAAUUUCUAUCUAAACACAUACUCAACCAAGGAGGAUGUCCUUAGUACAAUCAGAGGCCUGAGACAUAAAGGUGGAAGACCCCUCAACACUGGAGCAGCUCUCCAGUUUGUUACGGACAAUGUCUUUACUGCUUCUUCUGGUAGCAGACGUCUUGAAGGUGUUCCACAGGUUUUAAUUCACCUGACUGGUGGAAGAUCCAGAGAUGAUGUAAGGGGUCCAGUAACUGCUGUAAAAGCGCUUGGGGUUGUUCCUUUUGGUAUUGGAACAAGAAACGCAGAUACUCUUGAAUUACAAGCAAUCUCUUACGACCCUAGUUACGCUUUGUCUGUCACCGAUUUUGGUGACCUUUUAAACAUCCAGCAGCAACUUUUAUUAUCUGUGAAAAGAAUUACUCAACCAAGAGAACCACCAACAGUCUUAGUUGAAUCGGGAGCUGCCCAAAGAGAUGUUGUGUUUCUGCUUGAUGGUUCUGAUGACACUAGAAAUGGAUUCCCAGCAAUCCGCGAGUUUGUUCAAAGAGUCGUGGAGAAUAUGGAUGUGGAGGAAAAUAAAGAUCGAGUUGCUGUGGUGCAGUACAGUAAUGAUGCAGCUGCAGCUUUCUACCUGAAUACACAUUCAACCAAGGAAGAUGUCCUUAAUACCAUCAGAGGCCUGACACAUAAAGGUGGAAGACCCCUCAACACUGGAGCAGCUCUCCAGUUUGUUAAGGACAAUGUCUUUACUGCUUCUUCUGGUAGCAGACGUCUUGAAGGUGUUCCACAGGUUUUAAUUCUGCUUACUGGUGGAAGGUCCAGAGAUGAUAUUAGAAGUCCAGCCAGUGCUCUGAAAGAGCUUGGAGUUGUGUCUUUUGUUGUUGGAAUGAGGAAUGCAGAUACUCUUGAGUUGCAAACAAUUUCAUACAAUCCUAGCUCUGCUUUGUCUGUCACUGAUUUUGAUCAACUUCCAAACAUUCAGCAGCAGCUUUUAUCAUCUCUGACGAAAGUUACCCGACAGAGAAUGCCAGAAUCACCAACAGUCUUAGUUGACAAAGAAGGUGCCAAAAGGGAUGUUGUGUUUCUACUUGAUGGUUCUGAUGAUACUAGGAAUGGAUUCCCAGCAAUCCGUGAUUUUGUUCGAAGAGUAGUGGAGAAUAUGGAUGUGGAGGAAAAUAAAGAUCGAGUUGCUGUGGUGCAGUACAGUAAUGAUGCAGCUGCAGCUUUCUACCUGAAUACAUAUUCAUCCAAGGAAGAUGUCCUUAAUACCAUCAGAGGCCUGAGACAUAAAGGUGGAAGACCCCUCAACACUGGAGCAGCUCUCCAGUUUGUUAAGGACAAUGUCUUUACUGCUUCUUCUGGUAGCAGACGUCUUGAGGGUGUGCCCCAGGUUUUAAUUCUGCUGACUGGUGGAAGGUCCAGAGAUGAUGUUGGGGCUUCAGCAACUGCUCUAAAAGGUCUUGGGGUUUUGCCUUUUGGUAUCGGAACAAGAAAUGCAGAUACCAGGGAGUUGCAAACAAUUUCGUACUACCCUACUUUUGCUCUUUCGGUUUCUGACUUCUCUGACCUUCCAAACAUCCAGCAGCAACUUCUGUCCUCUAUGAUAAAAAUUGACAGAGGCCAAAUAACAGAGAGACCAACAGUCGUAGUUGAAAGAGAUUCUGCCCAAAGAGAUGUUGUGUUUCUGCUUGAUGGUUCUGAUGAUACUAGGAAUGGAUUCCCAGCAAUCCGCGAGUUUGUUCAAAGAGUAGUGGAGAACAUGGAUGUGGAGGAAAAUAAAGAUCGAGUUGCUGUGGUGCAGUACAGUAAUGAUGCAGCUGCAGCUUUCUACCUGAAUACAUAUUCAACCAAGGAAGAUGUCCUUAAUACCAUCAGAGGCCUGAGACAUAAAGGUGGAAGACCCCUCAACACUGGAGCAGCUCUCCAGUUUGUUAAGGACAAUGUCUUUACUGCUUCUUCUGGUAGCAGACGUCUUGAGGGUGUUCCACAGGUUUUAAUUCUGCUGACUGGUGGAAGGUCCAGAGAUGAUAUUGGGGCUUCAGCAACUGCUCUAAAAGGUCGUGGGGUUGUGCCGUUUGGUAUUGGAACAAGAAAUGCAGAUACCAGGGAGUUGCAAACAAUUUCAUACUACCCUACUUUUGCUCUUUCUGUUUCUGACUUCUCUGACCUUCCAAACAUCCAGCAGCAACUUCUGUCCUCUAUGAUAAAAAUUGCCAGAGGCAGAAUAACAGAGAGACCAACAGUCGUAGUUGAAAGAGAUUCUGCCCAAAGAGAUGUUGUGUUUCUGCUUGAUGGUUCUGAUGACACUAGAAAUGGAUUCCCAGCAAUCCGCGAGUUUGUUCGAAAAGUCGUGGAGAACUUGGAUGUGGAGGAAAAUAAAGAUCGAGUUGCUGUGGUGCAGUACAGUAAUGAUGCAGCUGCAGCUUUCUACCUGAAUACAUAUUCAACAAAGGAAGAUGUCCUUAAUACCAUCAGAGGCCUGAGACAUAAAGGUGGAAGACCCCUCAACACUGGAGCAGCUCUCCAGUUUGUUAUGGACAAUGUCUUUGCAGCUUCCUCUGGUAGCAGACGUCUUGAGGGUGUGCCCCAGGUUUUAAUGCUGCUGACUGGUGGAAAGUCCAGAGAUGAUGUUGGGGCUUCAGCAACUGCCCUAAAAGGGCUUGGAGUAGUGCCUUUUGGUAUCGGAACAAGAAAUGCAGAUACCAGGGAGUUGCAAACAAUUUCAUACGAUCCUGCUUUUGCUCUUUCUGUUUCUGACUUCUCUGACCUUCCAAACAUCCAGCAGCAACUUCUAUCCUCUCUGACACGAAUUGCCAGAGAGCGAACAACAGAGACACCAACAGUCUUAGUUGAAAUGGAAGGUGCAAAAAAGGAUGUAAUCUUCCUGAUCGAUGGGUCUGAUGAUGUUGGACGUGACUUCCCCACAAUUCAAGAGUUUGUCCGAAGAGUUGUGGAAAAUCUUAAUGUUGCUGAGAAUAAGAUCCGUGUAGCUGUGGUCCAGUACAGUGACACUCCCAAUGCUGAUCUGUACCUGAAUUCACAUACAACCAAACAAGGGGUUCUUAAUGCUGUCAAGGGACUGAGACACAAAGGUGGAAGGCCACUUAAUACUGGUGCAGCGCUUACUUUUGUCAAGAAUAAUGUAAUUUCCCCUUCAUCUGGUAGCAGAAUCCGUGAAGGUGUUCCCCAGUUUUUAAUUGUUGUGACAGGAGGACCAUCACGUGAUGAUGUACAAGGUCCAGCAACAACUCUUAAACAAGCUGGGGUUGUACCCUUUGGUAUAGGAGCCAGAAAUGCUGAUUCCAAUGAGCUGCAAAUUAUUUCCUAUAAUUCUCGGUUUGUUUAUCCAGUUAAUGAAUUCCGUGACAUCUACAGUGUCCAACAACAACUAAUAUCCUCCUUGACAGAAUUGUCUAAAGAAGAAAUUGAUCGUGAAGGGCCGACUUAUCCAGUUGUUACAGCUUUCCAAGACAGUGACAAGAGGGAUGUUGUGUUUUUAGUUGAUGGCACAUCCGCAGUGAGAAAUGAUUUAGGUAGCAUCGGCGACCUGAUUACCAGAGUGGUAAAUCAGUUGGAUGUUGGUUUGAACAAAGUGAGAAUCUCUGUGGUGCAAUACAGUGAUGAUGCCAAGACGGAGUUCCUACUCAACGAACACUCCACCAAAGAAGAGGUUCUCAGUGCAGUCCAGAGAAUCAGAAACAAAGGUGGGAACAAGUUGAACACCGGCAAAGCACUAGAGUUUGUUUCAAGAAACAUCUUCCAGAGGCAGGCAGGUAGUAGGAUAGAAGAAAACGUCCCUCAGUUCCUGAUUCUCAUCACUGGGGGAAGGUCUGCAGAUGAUGUUUUCGCUCCUGCUGAAAGGUUAAAGAAGAACAACGUGGCACCUUUUACCAUUGGAGCGAAGAAUGCUGAUGAAGAGGAGUUAAAGCUGAUAUCUCUCUCUCCUGAAUACUCUUACACUGUAAAAGAGUUCCGUGAUCUGACUGACAUUGAUCAGCAGCUGCUGACACCUGUAAAGACGUUAAGUGCCACUGAUAUCAGACAGAAGAUCCCUUCGGUUACAACUGAAGUGAUUUCUAACCUUGGGAAAAAGGACAUAAUUUUCCUUAUUGAUGGUUCUGACAGUGUUGGCGGGGAUGGCAUAGCGCAUAUUCGAGACUUCAUGAUCCAGGUCCUCCAGCAGCUUGAUAUUGGUCCUAAUCAGAUACAAGUUGCUGUGGUGCAGUAUAGCCGUACCCAGAAAACAGAAUUCUCUCUGAACACCCACUCUAACAAGAUAGCUGUGAUAAAUGCAGUGAGAAGACUUCGCCACAUGGGUGGCUCCACUGUAAAUCUGGCAGAGGCAAUAGACUAUGUUGUGAGAAAGGAACUGAUGGCAGCAAACGGAGCCAGACUAGAUGCCUCACAGCACUUAGUGGUACUCACUGGAGGGAGAUCCCAAACUGACGUGAGCAAAUAUGGCAAUCUGUUAAGAAGAACAAAUGUCAACUGUAUAGGAAUUGGUGCCAAGAAUGCAGAUGGAAGACAACUGGCUGAAAUUGCCACAACCAGUGAAGAUGUUCUUCAAGUAAGCGACUUCGCCAACCUUCCUGGAAUUCAGGACAAGUUCAUUGCAAGACUGAGUGGAACAACGCUACCAACACCUACUGAGCCUACUGACUUUGAAAAUGGAUAUGAUCAACCGAAGCCAAAAGUUGCAGAUAUUGUGUUUUUAGUGGACGGCUCCAAUAAUUUCAACAAGGCCGACUUUGAUCAUAUAAUGCAAUUCAUUGUUGGCUUGGUCGACAUCUUUGACGUAAAGGACUCCAUACAGGUUGCCUUGGCACAGUACACCAAGGACGUAACCGAUGAGUUUUUCUUUAACACUUACACGUCCAAAGAUGACAUUGUAGCAGCAAUAGAGAGAACGAACUACAGAGGGGGCGGGCGGGGGAUCAACACAGGGGCUGCCAUCAAGCACAUUCAGGACAGGCAUUUCGUGAAGGCUGCAGGGAGCAGGGCGCAUGAGGGCAUCCCGCAAAUUGCUUUGAUUGUGACAGGCGGGAAGUCCCAAGACGAUGGGGGUGCGGCAGCACUGGCCCUUAGAGGAACUGGUGUGCGGAUAUACGCAGUGGGAGUCGGGGAUACUCUCAGUGAAAUCAACAAGCUGGCAAGUGAAAAAACAACCGUCUUUAGGGCCUCAACAGCCCAAGGGCUCUCAGAGCUGAGUGAACAGCUCCUGGUGAUACUUUCUGAUGAAAUGAAGGGGAUACAAAUCUGCACUGGAGCUCCAGAGAUUACAAAAGAUUGUAAACUUGAGGUCUUGGUGGGAUUUGAUGUCUCCAAUGUGGGUGCCGGGCAGAACAUUUUUGCAGUCCAGAGAGGACUUGAGUCCAAGAUGGAGGCAAUCUUCCAGAGGAUUUCACAGAUGAGGGUGACUAGCUGCUCUGGCUCCCAGGUCCCCUCUGUGAGGGUUGGUCUUCUGGCACUAACCUCAGCUGGGCAGCAGGUCGGUUUCGACUUCUCUGAGUACAAGCAAGAGCUGUAUGAGCAGUUCAGAGCACUGCGCACUCGAGGACCGUACAUUCUGUCUACAAAGACUGUGGAUGCAUACAGGGACAAAUUUGUAGCCAGCAGUACACCGGGAGCUGUCAAGGUGAUAAUCCACCUCACAGAUGGUCUGGAGGAUGGGUUUGCUGAAGUGAAAGCACGUGUGGAAGCGCUUCGUUCGGCAGAUGUGAGUGCCUUCAUCCUGGUCGGCCUGGAGCGGGUGUCUGAUUUUGAAAACGCAGUACUGCUGGAGUUUGGUCGUGGAUUCAGAUACUCCAAACCUCUCCGGAUAAACCUGCUGGAUUUAGACUAUGAACUGUCAGAGGAACUGGACAACGUUGCUGAACGUGAAUGCUGCGGAGUGCCAUGUAAGUGCACCGGUCAAAGAGGGGACAGAGGCCCGCCAGGAAUCCCUGGAAUAAAGGGUUUGCCAGGAGGACUAGGAUAUGCAGGUCACCCAGGUGAUGAAGGAGGACCAGGCGAGAGGGGUCCUCCAGGUGUGAAUGGAACCCAAGGCUUCCAAGGGUGCCCAGGGCAGAGAGGCAUUAAGGGUUCUCGAGGAUAUUCAGGAGAGAAGGGUGAAAUUGGAGAAAUUGGUUUAGAUGGAAUAUAUGGAGAAGAGGGGACCCGAGGGGUGGCAGGUCCUCCAGGAGAUAGAGGAAACCCGGGAAGACAGGGUCCAAAGGGCAUCAAGGGAGAAAGAGGAGACAGAGGGGACACAGGUCUGCGAGGUGACCCUGGUAAUUCUGGAAUUGACAACACUCAGAGAGGACCAAGGGGAGAGAAAGGAGAUAUGGGACCAAUGGGAGAUCCUGGUGAGGAUGGUGGCAAGGGAACACCUGGAGUAGCAGGAAAGAAGGGAUCCUUCGGAAGACGAGGACCACCUGGACCACAAGGAACCAAAGGUACCCCAGGACCCCAGGGUUCCGCAGGAGACCAAGGAACGAGAGGUUCACAGGGCCCAAUAGGGCCUACUGGAGCCCCUGGAAUCAGAGGAGAGAGUGGCAACCCAGGACCAAGGGGACCAGGAGGACCUUUGGGGCCGUCUGGAGACCGUGGCAAGCCUGGCCCUGCUGGAAGAAAGGGAGAACUAGGUGAUCCAGGGGACAAGGGAGUCAGCGGGCCUGUGGGUCCUCGUGGAGAAUCAGGUGAAGAUGGUCGAGAUGGUUUUGGAACGUCUGGUCCCAAAGGAAGAAAAGGUGACCCAGGAUUCCCUGGAUAUCCAGGUCCAAAGGGAGAGGCUGGCGAUUCUGGAUCCACAGGGGGACCUGGUCCGAAAGGAAACCGGGGCCAAAGAGGAAAUGCAGGGAACCCUGGCGAUCCUGGACAAAAAGGAGAGGGUGGAUUCCCAGGACCAUACGGCCAGAAAGGACCGAGAGGACCAGGUGUUGUGCAAUGUGACCUUGUCAGGAACAUUAAAGAAAAUUGCCCUUGCUGCUAUGGUGUGCAGGAGUGCCCUUUGUACCCAACGGAGCUGGCAUUCGCCAUCGAUAAUUCCCAAGGUGUUACCAGGGAGGUGUUCAACCGUAUGAAGCGUAGCAUUCUGAACAUCGUGCGCAACCUCACCAUCGCCGAGAGCAACUGCCCACGGGGGGCGCGGGUCGCCGUGGUGACCUACAACAACGAGGUGAUGACGGAGAUUCGCUUCUCCGACAAUCACAAGAAGAAGACCCUGAUCCAGCAGAUUGAGGGCCUGCAACACCUGCAGACCAGCAAGGAGCGCAGUCUGGAGAGCGCCAUGAACUUUGUGGCCAGGAACACCUUUAAGCGGGUGCGCAGCGGCUUCCUCAUGAGGAAAGUGGCCAUCUUCUUCAGCAAUGGGCCCACCAAGAGCUCGCCCACUCUCAACGCCGCAACCAUGAAGCUCUACGAAGCAGGGAUCUCUUCUGUCUUCCUCACCAGCCGGGAUGAUGGGGUGCUGAACCGAGCUGUGCAGAUCAACGGCACAGGACUGGCACAAGUUCUUGUGCUUCCUUCUGGACCAGCACAAUUCAACCAAACCAUCAAAAAAGUUAUUAACUGCCAUGUCUGUUUAGAUUUCUGCAGCCCUGAUUCCACCUGUGACUUCAUACUCCCUCAAACCACAAGAGAUAGGAGAUCCCCCACAACGGACGUUGACAUUGAUAUCGCCUUCCUUAUGGACAGCUCCGAGAGCACCAGUCCAAGACAGUUUGUGGAGAUGAAACGGUAUGUCUCCCACAUCGUAGACCAGCUGGAAAUAGCAUCGGACCCCAAAACAUCUCAGCACCACGCCCGAGUAUCUGUCAUCCAGCACGCCCCAUACGAACAUAAACAGAACAGAAUCCUGCCACCAGCCAAGGUGGACAUCGGACUGACAGAAUAUGGAUCAAAAGAGGACAUCAGGAACUUCCUUCAGAACAAAAUGCCCCAGCUGGAAGGGGUGCGGGCCAUGGGCAGUGCCAUAAAGUACACCAUCGAGCAUGUCUUCGAGGUGGUGCCGCAUCCCCGCAACCUGAAGGUGAUUGUGCUGAUGGUAACGGGAGAAGUCAGGGAGGAUGAGGCUGAGACACUGCAGAAGAUCGUGGUCGAUGCCAAGUGCAAAGGCUUCUUCAUUGUGGUACUGGGCAUCGGCAGCAAAGUGAGCAUUCAGGACCUCUCAGUCCUGGCCAGCGAACCCACCGAUGUCUUCUUUAAGAGAGUCGAGAGGUCAUCUCACUUUUACGAAGAGCGUAUGCAGCGAUUUGGCCGUCUGCUCCCUAAACUUGUUAGUGCUGAAAACGCAUUCUACCUGCCUCCAGAGAUUAGCAAGUACUGUGACUGGUUCCAGAGUGACCAGCCCUGGAAGGGACCUUUCAGACACUCACACAAGCAUGCAAAUGGCAAGGAGAACCAAUCAGUUCCAGUGAAUAAACACGAAGAACUGGAGGCUGCCGAAAUACAAGCUGUUAACAUCAGUGCAACCAGCCUGGUCUUGCAGUGGGUCAACCCAGAUAGUAAUCAGGAUUACCAUUACGAAGUAAUCAUAAAGAAACUGGGCGACCACUCGCCCGUGCUGAGAAAGAAUAUGACGGGCAGCGAGCUGUUCAUCGAAGGACUGGACAGCGCCCAGCGGUAUCAUGUAGUUAUCACUGGAUACCUCGGGACCCACGUCAGUGUCACAUACAAGGGGAUCAUCACCACCAAAAAAGCCGAGAAGAAAGUGGCUGAGGCCACUUUAUUUGUGAACGACGACCCGCUGGAGAAGCCAGAAACAGCGAAUGAUCAUACCGAUCCAUGUGCUUUUGAUUUUGACUCCGGAACGCAGUGCAAAGAGUAUCAGGCUAAAUGGUUCUUUGACAACAAAAGCGGGAUCUGUACCCAGUUCUGGUAUGGUGGGUGCGGAGGGAAUGCCAAUAAAUUUGAGUCUGAAACCCAGUGCAUUAGCCAGUGCUUAAAACCAUCCUCAGAGAGCAGAAUGCAGCAGCCUCAGCUAGAAGAUAAAUCAUUCCCAGUGGGGUAUGUUUGCCAGCUGCAGAAGGAGGAAGGCUCAUGUACAAAAUUCGUCCUGAAGUGGUACUUUGAUGCCCAGACAUCGAGCUGCACGCGGUUCUGGUACGGAGGAUGCGGAGGAAAUGAAAACAGGUUCGAAACCCAGGCAGAGUGUGAGAAGGCCUGCGCUUCCGUGACGGUUAAUCCUGGAGUCAUGGCAGCGAUCGAAACCUAAGUGAAAAGUAAUGAAAACCAACAUUUACCUCUGAAGAGAACCCUGAGAUAACCACGGCCAACUAGAAGCUAAGGGAAUAGUGAACCUUGCACUGUAUCUGCAGAUGCUUUUGAUACGAAGACAAUCUUGAAGUAGUAUUUUUAUUUUUUUUUUAAGAAAAAAGUGCUGCAUGAUUUGGCGUACUGGUGCUAAUGUGUUUGAUGAUCAGGUGCUGAAUUUGUCUGGAAUGUAAUGAAAACAUUAUGGAACAUUUACACUUCUCUUACGUCUUUUUAAUUUCCAUUCAUGGAUGACAUUUUUAUGCUUUAAAAUCUGUUUUUAUGAAUAUCUUGGUCAAAUGGGAAUCCAGAAAGUGUAUUCAAUAGGGCAAAGAUUCUCUUUUUCAUUGCACACAUACACAGUACUUUUUAAUGCAUAGGAUAUAUAUGUUAGACACAUUUUGGGUCAAUACUGACCCAAAGACAUCACAAUUAAGAUGUUCUUUCUAGCUUUUCAUUAUAGUGUACUGUGUUUGUGUUUACAAUAUUCUGUGUUAACUGAAAAGAUGUGUAUGAUGACUAUAAUGACAAUCACCCUCAGCUCAGUAU